UCGACGGUCGGUACAUACCGGGUGCAUGCAGCGUGCGAAAUGGCCGGCAUGUGAGAGUCGACGUUUGACUUGGACUGAACAGCGGUUAUUUGUCAUAAAAUUCUAUGGAUUCACUUGAAGUUCUCGGCCCAGAUGUUAAGCUGACAUGUCGCCGGGAAUCCAGAAGGCUUUAUGAGGGCUUGCCACCAACCAGGCCGCGAUGGCAGCGGCGUCCGCCGCCAGCCUUCCAGCCAAGAUACUGGAGUUGAUUUUCUCCUACUUGGAUCUAGCUGACCUACUCAACUGUUCCACCGUCUGCAAAGCCUGGCACAACUGCCUGAACGAUGAGAACUCGCUGGUCUGGCGAGUCCAGUGCGUCCGGCGGAUCGCCGCCGAGGCCCAAAAGGGGGACCUGCUGUCCGAGGUGCCCAGCUAUAAGGGCAAGCUGCGGGCCCUCUUCCACGCCUUCAACCCGGGUGAUUGCUCUCGGAACGUGUACAUCAAGCCUAACGGGUUCACGCUCCACCGCAACCCGGUGGCGCAGAGCACGGACGCGGCCCGGGGGCGGAGGGGUUUCCGCAAGGGCCGGCACGCUUGGGAGGUCUGGUGGGAAGGGCCGCUCGGGACGGUAGCCGUGGUGGGGAUCGCCACCAAAAACGCCCCUUUGCAAUGCCAGGGUUACGUGGCUCUGCUGGGCAGCAAUGACCAGAGCUGGGGCUGGAAUUUGGUGGACAAUUAUCUCUCUCACAAUGGCGAUCACCAGGGAAACUUCCCACAAUGCAAUAAUGCACCGAAGUACGAGGUCGGUGACAAAAUACGGGUUAUCCUAGACAUGGAAGACAACUAUCUGGCCUUUGAACGGGGCUACGAAUUUCUGGGCGUGGCCUUCCGCGGUCUUCCGGAUGAGCAGCUUUUCCCGGCAAUAUCAGCUGUGUACGGGAACACAGAAGUAACCAUGGUGUACCUCGGCGAGCCCCUGGAUGGAUGACAGCGGUUGCCGAAGACGCCCCCUCCCAAAAUUUCCAUUGACAGGGGCGCACUGAUAAAUUAUUUUUGGCCCUACAGUUGGCAUGUAUCAGCAGUCUGUGGGCCUCCCAUGCCUCAGCCAUUUGUAACCGGGUAGAAGGACCAAUGCGCUGUUAGUACAUUUCUCAACGGAUAUGACACACGGCCAGAGUGAUUUCCAACACAUCGAUUUUCCUUUUCAAACUUCAAGGGAGCAUUUUGUUUAAUCAGGAACUGCUGUCCGUCUACCUGGCAAAUUCUCCAGCCCACUAUUACCGGUAGCUCUGUAAUAGAUAUAAAUGCUUUGUCAGGACGAUAGGUGUGUGUUCGGGUGGGGUUCAUUUGUGUAAGUCCAAACAGCACAGAGGCCUUGCAAAUCAUCAUGGACUGCCCUCUAUGUGAUAUUUUGCCCUGGGCUAUUCAGUCUAGAUGUGUCAGCCUAACAAAAUUGUGUUAACUGCAUGCAUACGUGGGCAGUGUGCUGGUCUAAGGUGAACAGAACUUGUCGACAGGGGAUCUUUGAUCCCAACCCCCUCCCCCUAAGAGUGCUGUAUUUGGCAGGUACUGUACCAUGUACAUAUACAUGUAACAUACUGCAUGUUUCACUCAAGGUGUUUGAAACGCCAACUUUCCACAGCAUAUCCAUGGAUGCAUGUACAAUACCUGAACAUACAUGUACAUGUAUGUGUACAUGCACUGAUGUUCCCAACCAAUCGUGGACCUUAAAGAAAAGAAUUAAUGACUGUCCACGAUUCCUGAUACGUCCAAGAUUGCCAUACGUGUACAAAACACAUUAAAGGCCUUCCAAAAAAGUUGAAGUAUGAACAAAAAAGGACAAUAAGAACAUCCACGAUUGCCAAAAAAACAUGUUUCGGUGCACCUGCACGUGUGUGAUAGAUACCCUAUCACAAUGUUGGGACAGCUGAGAACAAAGUUGGAGUCCCAAAUGUUGAUUCGUCCAGGAUUAAUGGAACUGCACCAGUACCUGUCAUUUCAGUAUGCAUGUACGUGUGUAUCAUUGCCAUGAGAAGGACAGAAAAGUGAACUGUGUCUGUUACCAGGAAUUGUCUGAAACAAAAUGGUUGCCCAAAAAUAUUUGCUCUUCGUUUAUAAAAGGCAGUAAACAUUAAACACGGCCAGAGUGAAUUCUUACUAGUUUUUAGCAUCAGAGUCUGUCCACUUGCCAAUCCAUGUAUGUCCUGGUACUUUGAAAUAAGAAGUGGUCAAGAAAGAUGGUUUGCUCUUGGUUCAACCUAACAACCAGAUUUACAAUUAAAACACAUCUUUGACACUUCUUGGCACUCUGUAAAAUGGAAGGCACAUAAUGCAUGUUGCUUUCCCUGAAUGCAGGCACGGUGUAGUCAGGUGUCGCAUGCCUUACCAGGACAGUUACUUUUAAGCUCGCAGAUGAUGUGUGUCCUGCCUGUCAAAGUUAACCGUACAUGUAAAUCAAUUUCAAAGAAACGGGAAAUCGGAAAAGAAAAGAGGGAAAUGAAAACCGAAAAGGUCUAUCAUCACAUAAUCUUACACACAGAGAACAUUCUGACAAUGUAACACUGUGUUUUUUCCCCUCAUGUUUGAGCAGAUGUACAUGCUCUGCAUAAAAUGUGCCAUGGUACUGACUUCAGGGCAGUGAUCUGCAUCAGUUAAGGGAAACGGCCAGAAAAAUGAAUACCACAAUUUAUCAAUUGCAGGAACUUAAUCUAGUGAUUGCAAGGCCUUAUACGUGUAUGUGUACAUUUUUGUGAUUUGUAACAUACACUACACUGAGUACAUGUAUGUGUACUUCAUUUUCCAAUUCUUACUCAAAUCCACGUUUUCACAUGCAUGUAAUUUGUACCAUUUUAGCCUAUACAUGUAAUCUCACAUUUUUUCCACAAGUUCCUCAACUGCGAGCAAAAUCAUCAAAUACAAAUUUCAUCUUGUAGCGUGAGACCAAGCCCUGUUCAUGUACAUGUAGCUUUACAUUUAGUACGUGUAGAUCAUACUGAUCAAUUAUUGUAUGAUUGUGAAUUGUGGUUAUACCCUGUUCCUUCGUUUUAACAUCGCUUAUUAUAUAGUUUUAAGCCAGACUGAUUAGACUUGGUUUUUACUAGUAAUUGGGGAGUGGUAUUUUUGUAAACCUGCCAUAAAUUAUUAACCAUCCUUUUCAAGUAAAUCGGGCACAAAUUUUUGUUUCAUGUACAUGUAUUUCCCAGUAACUGUAUCGUACAUGUAGUCAGAGAUGAUAUCUGGCACUUGGUAGCACUUUCCAUUGAAAAAUAAGGUCUGAUUUCUGUCUGCUUGCCCACAUAUGUAUGCACACCCAAUAGUUUCUGCUGUUGAAUUGAUACAGAAAUUCAAGCAAUUCUAAAUGCUGCCACAAAACUCCAUCCUUCACCUCAACUGAAGAUUCUGAUAGGUGCUGCUGUCACAGUCUGGGAGGCUGUUAGGCUGUCUCUAAGUCUGCACACUUAGAAGGUUACCACUGCACAUCUGAAACCUGAGAAAGUCCCCGUGAUUUGAUGGGCACUAAUCUGGGAAAUUUAGCUGUGUAUAAUUUUUCCCAGCAUUGAUUCAAUCUUUCACCCAUGAUGUUGUACAUCGUCAGAUUCUCAUCCACAGCAGAUACAGACUCGAAAGGAUCCAAAGAAGAAUCAUUAGUAAUCCCUUUGCCUCAUUUCCAGAGUAGUCCAAAUAUAGCAAACGCACACCGCCAUCGAUUAUUUAUUCUCCAUUGACUCAUUGUCUGCAAAUGCCCCCCCCAAGAAAAAAAAUCAUUAAAAAUAAAAAGACCAAGAACCUGUUUUUACAACUAACACACAUGAACACUAGUUUGACAUUCCUUUGUUUUCAUGAAGAAAAUACUCCAUGUGAAUAUUCCAUAUUUUAAAACCAUGAGCAUUAUUUCAAACUUUCUUGUUUCCUUGAUUGUUCAUAUUCUUUUUGCCAUAGAUAACCCUAACCCCAAAUGCCUCUAAACCAGUAUUUUUGGAGCGGACAAAAACCUUGCAUGGACAUGGGCAUGUCCACACAACUCCUAACUGCCUGUGUUGUGUGGACUUUUUGGUUCUUAGGUCCACACAAGAUACAGCAUGUUAAAUGUUUGUACAGGAUGAAUAUAAUACUUCCAUCUUAACUUCCCCACUCCUCCCUCUCAUUGUCUGCAUGCCACCCAGCCAACGAUCUGAUGAGUAGUUGCAUUGUGCCAGCUGUGUCAACAUUGGUUUCAGUCUGUUGCCAAUCGUCUGGUUCUUCAGAGUAGCAGAUGAUCUGUAGCAGUAUAUCGUGUGUAUUCUCUUGACGCUGAUUAAUGAUUAAGGCAGAACAUUUGUAUCUCAAGCUUCUCAGGGAUUUGUGAAACUUUAUACAUAUCAUGUAUCAUAAAAACUUGUCAAAUAUAGAUGUGUACACAAAAUGUAGUAUAGCCUGGGUCCUGACCCCUCGUGACUGAGGUUGUGGCAAGUUAGGGUGCACUUAGACAGGUGGACCGUGCUAAGCCAAGCCUACGUGUAACUUGUGUGUACCUGUAGAUUUUCACUUCAAAGAAGAUAGGCCCAGUUUUAGUCCAUUAACAUCUGAAGUUUAAUAUGUAGUCCAUUGGUGGAAGUGCUUUACUUAUACAAAAUUAUUUCUGGGCACUGAUUACUUAAACCUUGCACAUACAUGUAGGUGACAACCAAUUUAAUCAUGCCCAGAUGGAGUAAUGUACAUGUACCUUUAGAUGUAUGUGCAAAAAUGUGAACAGCUGUCACAAAAAGCAGAAAUUAAUGAUGGGCACUGUUGGUUAGUCAUUUUUUUUCAUUAAUCAUUCUUUUAUUGGAUGGUUCCUUUUUUUAAACCGUGAUCUCACUGUUUUCUGUGGUGUUCAUAAAUGUAUUUUAUGGAAGUUCACAGUUGGUCGGCAUGGUAAGUAGUCCAGCAACUAGACCCAUAUCACAAAUAAUGUGCAUACAUGUAAAUCACCCUAAGCAUUGGGACCACAUCACGGAAGGGAUAAUAUUAUCUGAGAAUCAUGUGAGCUGAUAGCCUCGGAAUUUUAAUGAUUGUGAAAUGCUUAUAAAUCAUCUAUAUCAUUUGUUCAGUUUGUGCAUUUUAAUUAUUUAUCCGAUUCGUGGUCUCUAAGUAGCCAUGGCCUGCUGUUUAAUACACUGUGAAGAAAUAAAGAUUUUUUGCUAGAAAUUCAGUACAUUUAGAUUUUAUUUGGAAAUGUGCAUGAGCAUAGCCAGUAAGUUCUGAUUUAAAGGUUUCUUGGGGAAUGAUUGGGGGCUGUUUUCAUGCAGCCAGCAGAGGAAAGUUUCUGGCAUUGUAACCCUAGUGGUGUACAGAAAUCCUUUGAUUUGAUUUGGCAUAUGAUUGAUUUGAUUUUGCUGGUCAUUUUGAAUCCAGUCAUGGACACAAGGGGAGGGGGCUCUUACAUUCUUGAAUAUGUCCAUUUUGACUGGAUGAAAGUUAGAGGUGCCCUGGGUUUGUGGGCUUACGGCUCCCUAGUCGAUGGAAAGCCCAAGGGUUGCAGGCAAGGGGUAGGAAGCUGGACAGUCUUGUUGCCAAGAACGUGGAAGAAAAAAAGCUGGGAGUUCGAUAAUUUUAUUGUUUUAUUUGUUUUGAAGGGGCAUUGGGUGCCCGGGUUUUGGGAAGUAGUGGUUAGCAGGGGGCCAAAAGUCCAAAGGACACACAUCCGCCUGGUUUUCAGUAAUCUGUGUGUUUACCUCAGUUGUACAUAAACUGCACUCUAGCUCAGCUUUCUUUCUGUGAACUUCUUUGGAAGGAGGGGGUGGGACAGUUGGCGCUCGGAUGAGAAGGGGAGCACUUGUUGUCCAGAUGGAUUUUUGGAAUGUGCGGCGCAUACGCUAUCACUCAGUGCAUGCCUAGAGGCAGACAAUCUAUAGAAUCCAGGUGUAGAAAAAUUGUCUCAGGGUUUGCUAUGAAGUUUGUGUUUCUUUGAAGUGGGCGGGGCUUUUCCAGUCAAGGGGUGUUACUGUCCCAGAAAAUAGACCAGUUGUGACACAAUCAGUUGUAGGGAAGACAUUGUAAUGGUAAACAUAGGGUGUUUUCUAUAGAAUCUGUUAAACAGCCUUUUAUGUAGUUUCUAUUUGGAGAAAUGAGUUUGUGUCAUGACCACUUUAAGCAGUUUCUACUUGUGACUGAAAACAUCCAGUUAAAAGGGUCCAAGGUGAUUGGUUGUAAUAGUUUGAGUGUGGUUCAUAGUACGGUGAAAUGGGUUUUAUUAUGUUAUGUUGCUUGCUACAUUUUAAGGUUUCCAGGUUAACAGUAAAGGUUCUCAUUUUCCUUAAUGGCCAAGUGAUAGCCUGCAUUACAAACCACUUAGAAUUCAGGGGUAUAUAUGGUGCCUGCAUGCAUUAACAUUAUUCGGUGCAUUUAGCUGAGAACAGUAAUGGAUUAGUGAGAGGUCGUCAUAUAUACGUGUACAAAGGCACUGUUUUGGAUUGGUUGCACUUUGCCCGUACUGUAGUGUGAUUUCAGUCAAUUUCUGUAUAUCUUGCAUCAUGUAUAAAUUUUGGUACAAAAAAUCUUAUGGCGCUCAUUUCUGCCAACAUCAGCUGUGGGAAAACAUAAGAAAAGUCUAUUUUAAGCUGCCGUGUAAAAGAAAUGGGAAAAGUGCGUGUACUGAAUAAUCUGGUGUAGAUAUUUACCAGGAAUUUUAUGGCCAGUCAAGGCUGAACAAAGGACUAGCACAAACACGUAAAUCAUGUUUGGGGGUAAAUUUUGCUUUUCAUAAGAUGUUUAUCAUUGUAUAUUUCUACACUACAUCCUUCCAACGUUUCUUGGGAUCAUAUGCCCUAACAAAUACUGAAAAGUCUUUUCCUGUAGCACUGGUGUCAUAACACUGACAUGCACUGUGCCUUAAUCCAAGCAGUUAUAUAUUUCAAUGUAUGCAUUGUGUGCAAGGGUGUGGCACUGCGUGAUUGGUGACUUAUCGUGGGAGUGUAGCAAAGCAAGCACCAAUGGGGAGGUUUUGGGCAUACUUUUUCAAAAGUGUUGAUGGAGCGGAUAAAUUCGGUGAAAUGCAUCAUGAAUACUGAGUUGCAUUUAAUUUGACUGCCCACACAACGUUGAAAAGUGUUCUCGGCCUGAAAUGCCUUUCAGAAAUGGCACUUUCAAGGCAUCGGUAGUGGCACUUCCAAAAUUAGGCCUCAGGAUGGCACGGUUUCCUGAUGUAACAUUGCCUCAGUGUAGUAACUAAACAUAUUGUGAGGAGUCAUCACUGGUUUAUAUUAUGUAGUAAACUAAACUACAGAAGAUGGAGCCAUGUGCAAGGAGUAUCGUGUAAAUUGCAUGUGUAGAGGAAUCAUGUACAUGAAUAAUAACAUUUGAUAUUUAGGAAAAGAA